AUGACUCAGAUACCCGGAUGGAAGACAGUUGUCGUUGGAGAUGGGAAAUGUCCACAAGGAUGCAGGUUCCCAGACUGUGUGUUCCUCGACCGCGAGGCCCAGGAUUAUCUCCCCUUCUCAAUGGCAACAUCACUCCCACGUGACAACCCAGCCAGGAAGAACCUAGGCUACCUCUACGCCAUCCAACAGCAGGCAGAGUUCAUCUACGACACCGAUGUCAACACCCGACCCCUUGACAGCCUCACCAGCUUCUACUACGGUAACACCUCAGGGUUGGUCUACCGAGGAGGGCAAGUCUUCAACUACUACAGGCACUACGGCGAGCAUUGGCAUCGACCUCAAGGAAUGGUGGAUCUUAAGUUACCUGAAACGAAUCCAAAUGAUUACGUUCUCAGUGAUAUUCCUCAACCGGAAGUUCAACACGGCUUGAUCAAGGCCAAGGACGAUUCAGGGCCUCGUUUUCAAUCAGUUGCGCCUCUUGCCUUUGUUGGAUCCGAAUCAGUGGCUCCCUUUAAUGCAAGGAACACCAUGUUUAGCAGACGUGCCUUCUGGGGUCUUUUGUUGUUUCCCGUCCCUAACAGCGACGUUAUAAGGUCGUACAUACUUCAGUCUUUAUUAAAACAUAUCCAAGGAUUUGUCGGGUUUUUGCCACCAAAUGCUGAAGAAAUGGACACGUUGCCAGACUUCAAAGACCUUAAAAUUCCCCAAACGUUUGUGUCCUUAUUAUAUCAAUGGCAAUGUGAACGCACGACCUUAAGUCAAUGUUUCCAACUGCUUUCAACAGUCCUGUUGGACGGAGGAAUAAUCUCCGAUGAAGGGGUUGACAUGAUAUCAACCUGGAUGUCCGAUUUGCUUUCACUCGGCUAUGAAGGACUUUCAGUGGAUACAGCUGAGGCGGCUAAAAUGAUUCCAAAAACAAAUAAACUCGGCCAUGGAGAAAUGUCAAAUACGGUUCAGUUUUCUCCGACGCCCGGCGUACACUAUAGCAACAAUCCCGCUUCCAAGAACUUUGAGUGCGUAGAAGGUUUAUGCGACAACUUUACCUAUCCCCCUGAAACCCCGCAUCAAUUUAAUGAUGUCCUCCUUAUUAUUACUUUCAAUUAUGCUUUUCUGUAUGACAAUAUCAACUUUGUAGAGUCACUGUAUAGGCGAUACUUCCCUCAUAUCCUGUUCUGCGGACCCAACAUAAAAAGGUUUCGCACCGCUGUGACGUCACUUCCGGCCAACUCAUCUGUGGCGUACGUGACCGGGAUUGAACGAGGCUGGUUGUACUUCCAGGAAUGUACAGUGUACGGCAUGAAAAUGAACUUCAAUGUUAAAGGAUAUCUACAAAUAGGAGAAGACACUUUGCUAAAUACUUGGAAUUUGUGGACACUCCCGAGAGAGAAAAUCUGGUUUAAUAAAGGACACAUAGGCAUGUGGAGACACCUUGAGAACAAAUGGGUGUGGUGGUCCAGGCCUUAUGGUAGGACGGCACUGAAUAAAACAUUCACGUUUAUUGAAUCAAAGGCUCGCGAGUUUGGGGACAGUAUGGAGAAACGAUUCUACAACCAAUAUAUUGACAAUGUCCAUAACAACUUCAGACAGGUGUUUCAUCGGACAUGCGAUUUCUUUUACAUUCCUAAUCGCCUCAAAGACGAAUUUGUUCAUUUUACAAAACAGUUUUUCGAGUCGACUCUGUUAGUGGAAGUAGCCAUUCCGACAAUGAUCAUUGGCUUGGACGCUGAGGAAAACAUUGUCCGCGUCAACGGCAAGGUGGUGUGGGGGUCUUACAGGAACAAGCCAGAGAAGUCGUUCAAUGCUGACACGGAUCACUUCCUGCAUGCAUUCAAAGGCAGAAAGCAGAUGAAACUGCCGAACUGUAAGAAGUUCAUGUGUGAGAAGUACUUACCCUUAUCAGUGGAGAGGAUGAUGAACAGUUAGUACAAUCAGAGAAAACCAUACCUCAUCUUUACAAACGCUUUCAUUGUAUCACUGUUUAUUGUAAAUAUACAUUCGUGUAAAUAUACGUUCACGUUCCUUUUUUGUAUUUGAAAUCAUACCUCAUCGUAACACACACUUUCAUUGUAUCACUGUUUAUUGUAAAUAUACAUUCGUGUAAAUAUACGUUCACGUUCCUUUUUUGUAUUUGAAAUCAUACCUCAUCGUAACACACACUUUCAUUGUAUCACUGUUUAUUGUAAAUAUAUAUUUGUUUAAAUAUACGUUCACCUUCUUUUAUGUGUAUUUGAAAUCAUACCUCAUCGUAACACACACUUUCAUUGUCACACUGUUUAUUGUAAAUAUAUAUUUGUUUAAAUAUACGUUCACCAUCUUUUAUGUGUAUUUGAAAUCAUACCUCAUCAUAGCAAACACUUUCAUUGUGACACCGUUUCAUUGUAGAUAUACAUUUGUUUAAAUAUACAAUGACCUUCUUUAAUAUGCAUUUAAUUGUUUAUUUUUUUGUGAUGAUCGUGUUAUCGGAAUAACCAAAAUUUGAUUUCUUGUGACUUAUCGUAUGGUGUAUUAUAACCAUUAUCACAGACAG